ACAACCACAAUCACAUUAUAUGACUCAUUCACUUCAUACUGCACACUCUACACACUCCACACAUCAUACACAUUCAUCCAUAGUUUCACAUUCACAGAAAUUUCGUAAAAACAAUAACGCCGCGGCCGCUGCCAAUUCAAAUAGUAUAUUUAGUCAGCGCGCAACUUCAAUCCCCAACCACAGCAGCAACGCGGCAAUGGCAUUCAAGCAAGGCUUGCCCACAGCAUCAUCGAUUUACCAAAGGAACAAUAGUCGCCGGUUGCAGAAUAAUAUGUCUGCUGGCGGUAUGAUGAGUGUGGUGCGUGCUGGUGGUGGUGGUGGUGGUAGUGGCGGUGUCGUCGCCACAACCAACGAGAAACCGCUUACCUUUUCCACUUCAAAAUCGACAACUGCAAAUGCUAACUCCAAUCAGAGUCAUCAGUUUACAAAUUAUACAAAUUGCGACAACUCUAAUAGGAAUAGUUGCUAUAAUGCCGCCACCAAUGUCGCCGAUACCACUGCCGCUGCCGCUAUCACAACCACAGCUACGAUUUCCAAUCCAAAUAACGACAACAAAAAUUAUAGUUACCAUAAUUCAUGUAACACAAAUGCUGACAUCAAUAGCCACCAAAUGAAUGCCGCUGAUGACGUUGAUGACAACGCCGACGACGAUCUGUUGAUGAUGACCGAUAACACUACAACAACUAUUAAUUCGUAAAUUUUAUAUUUGUAAGGACUCACACACAUAUAAAUACAUCUAUAAAUAUAUAUAACCUAGUUUAUAAGGACACACUGGAAGCGAGUAAAUCUGGUUUGAAUGACCACACUCAGUUGCGUGUAUGAAAUAACUCCUCAACUCAUUUUACCUUUUAACUACAAUUUUAAAACGUUGAAGCGUUUUUUUGUUUGGGUCCAAAGGAAUAAUCCCUACACCCAGCAUUGUCUCAUCGUUGGAUCUUGCCGUUGUGAACUGCUUUUUGUCGCUUUUUUCCGUCACGCAGUAAGGACAAUUGUGCUUGAACGGAUGUUGCUGGCAUUAUGACUUAUUGGCCAAACAGUAGUUGGCAACACUUUAAACCUCCCCUACAUACCAGUAGAAACACCUUCUUCUUCUCUUAAGCAACUGUACUCGGAUAACAAUUCGCAAUAAUUGUUAUUUAACUCUUUUUUUUUGCAGCGAUUUUGCAACUCAACAGAAAGAGAAAGUAUGAGGCAAGCGCUGUUGUCGCACCAUUUCACAAGAAAAAAAGAACAAACAACCGCAACAACAACAAGAAACAACUGAAUUUUUGUUUAUUUGAUUUUAGGCUUUUCAUAUCAUCACUCGACAAUGAGUGAUGACCGACCAACACAGAACAUGACUUGACUCUGGUUUUGGUUAUGGCCUACCUACACUAUAUCUCAUGAACUCAUACAGUCAUUAUUUACAAUUAGUUAACUAAAUACUGCUAAAGGAUAUAAUUUUUCUACUACACUUUUCGAAGAUAAUGAAAAGCCAGCAAAGUUGUCUUUUAAUAACAACCGCCACACACCCCUCACCACUCUACUCUACUCCACUUCACUUCACCCAAAUCCACUUCGAUUCGAUACCAAUUAAACUCGACUCGUCUCAACUAUAAAAGUUAAGCUCGCCUGUUUAUUGAAAUUAGAAACAAGUACAUAUAUUGAAAGUGUUACUUAAUGCUGAAAAAA